GAAAAAUGGGAGAAGAUCAAAUGCGACACGUGGCAUGGCAGAGCAUUCAGGCGGGAUAAUAUACAAGUUUAGGCGCCAACUCUUGUUGUAGUCUGGUCACUGGUGAAACCCAUUUUCACUAAACCCAUUUUCUUCCAAAGUUUGAAUCUUUUUGGGUUCUCAUGGAACAUCAACCCAAAAUCGAACCUGGGUUUGAUUCAACUGACCAAACAAACUUGGAAGCCAUGAGCAUUCAGGAACUUGUUUCAGUGUUGCGCACAGCUUUUCUGACAGAAGACUUUGAUAAAGUUGAAGAUGUUUUAGUCAGUAGAUAUAACAAACUCCAAACAGAGAUUCUUCAUCUUCAAGAGAAGUUUGAAUUGGAGAAACUGAUGAGGUUUCAAGCUGAGGAAGAUUUGAUGAAAAGAGAGGAACUUUGUGAAAAAGGGAAAAAAGCACAGAAUAAUUAUGAAACAUUGUUGAAGGAAGUUAAGAAAACUAGUUUAGUUGACACAAACAUCAUUGGAGAGCUAAGAAAGAAGAACAAUGAAUUGGAAUUGGAAGUUUGUGAGCUGAGAAAGUUGAAGAAAAGAGGGAUUGAUGAUACCAAUGCUUUUUCUGAACUGCCCAACAAAAGAAGCAGGGAUGCUCAAGGUGCAUCAUCAGCCAUCAUUGGAGAGCUGAGAAAGAAGAACAAUAAACUUGCGUUAGAAGUUCGUGAGCUGAGAUGGUUGAAUGAAAAUUGGGUGGAUAGUAUCAUUACUCUUCCUGAACUACCUCGCAAAAGGUGGAAGGAUGCUCAAGGCGCAUCGUCGUCAUCAGUGACGACACUAACUAGAGGAGCUACGGUUGACGCUUCCCAUUUUUGGCACGGACAUCCUGUUACCUCUUUAGCUAUAAAUGCACAUAUAGUAGAGGAACGGCAAGAAAAUGAUAAUGUUCAUAUGUCAGAGCCAGAGGAUGCCACUGUGAUGGACAGUGUUGCUGUCCCUCCAUCAGACGUGCAGGAACAAAUUGCAACACAAAACAAAGAAAAGAGAAUAGGAUUUGCCAUCAACGCUUCACCUAACUCCUUUGACAACUUCCGCUUCAUAUCAUUAGUCCAUCAAGAGCGCUAUUCUAAUUUUCUGGCCAGCAAAAGGUUUCUGAUAGAACAAAAUUUGCAGGUUGAAGGAAACAGAUUCUCGGAUAUUCAAGCAAUGAUAGUGGCCAGAGGAUGGGGGAAAUUGGCAUCAUUUGCAAAAGUCUCCAGUACGACAUUAUCUAAAGAGUUCUUUGCAAACGCAUAUCAAGGUCCUGCUAAAGAAGAGGGGAAUGAUAAGAAUGAUCUGAAGCAAUUCACUAGUUUUGUCAGAGGGAAGAUGGUUCCAUUUGAUGAUAAAGUUAUCAAUCAAUUGUUUGGGCUUGAGAACUACGAGCAGUGUUCCUUUGAAGCAAGAAUGGCCAUGAACUCUUUCUACGUUGUUCAUUCGGAUAUUUUGUGCAAGCCCAAAUUCCCCAGUUGGAUAAUGAACAAAGAUGGAAUGCCAGAAAAACUUCGCAUUUCCGGCCUCACACCCGUUGCUAGAGCAUGGGCAACAUUUGUUUUGCGUAACUUGCUUCCGUGUUCAAAUCAUAAAGCCUUGACCAUUCGGCAAGCAACCUUAGUGACUGCAAUCCUUAAGGGUGAACCAGUCAAUGUUGGCCGUCUCCUAGCAGAUGAUCUUUGGGGCGCAGCGAACUGUUCUUCUUCCUCAAGCUACAUCAGCCAUGCAUCAUUGAUCAGCAAGCUUUGUGAAAGGGUGGGGGUUUACCCUGAAAAUAAUGAGGAAAUGGUUAAGCCAUAUAGGACAAUCACAGCAGCUCAUUUAAAAAGCCUCUGUGGCGCAGAUCGUUGGAAUUGAGAAGUUGAUUGUUGUAUUAAAUUUGUUGACAAUCAAUUGUUGUAUUAAAUUUGAAUCUGCUACUUGCUCAUGAUGCGCGGAAAAUUGGAUUAUGAAGCGCAACAGGCAGCAGGCUGCUUGUGCCCUGCGUAGAACUUGUGCUUACUAUAUAAGCAUGUUUUAUCCCAGUUUAGAGGGUAACGCAAUUUUGGAGCUAAAAGUGGGUCUUUGGAGAUGAGUUCAAGCAGAAGGUGGAUCCAAGCAAGGAAUCAAGUGUGGAAACACAUCCAAUUCCUCUUGUCAUGAAAAUUUCAAUUCUUUUCAUCCAUGUAAUUUCCUCUUUCACUAUGUUUGGCUAAAUUCUUAGAUUGGAUUUCUAGGGGAUUUUCAUUGUAUUUAGUUUGAACCAUGUGAACUUGAUUGUAUGCAAUUAGAUUAUGAUCUAGUUUCAAUUGA